AUGCUGAGCCGCUGCAGAGGGCAUGUUGGAAGGUUUGGCAAGCUGUUGAGGCUGGGAGCAGUGAGACACUUGGCUGUGAAGGCCCUUCCGAGUUUCGAUCCUGACAAUGGCCAGGAGUUGGCCAUUCUAGCACAAGCCUUCCAGCGCUACGAUGGAGAUGGCAGUGGAGCAUUGGAUGCUACCGAGCUGCAAAGGGCUCUUCAAGACCUGGAUUUGCCUGCAGGAGAUGUGGAGGUCUCAGAACUUUUCUCGAAGCUGGAUGUGAACAAGGAUGGCACUGUAGAGCUCACUGAAUGGCUGGACCACAUGCCUGCCGGUACAAAGCUCAAGGUUCUUCAGAAGGCAGAUGAAGCCGGAAGGACCAUUCGCUUUGAAAUCCCUGAUGUGAAGAUCAUGUAUACCCACACUGAUGAAGCGCCCAUGUUGGCAACCUACUCACUGCUGCCGGUCUUGCGUGCAUAUUGUCGCUUCGCAGGGGUCAAGAUCAUGAAGAAAGAUAUUUCCUUAUCAGCUCGGAUCAUUGCCAACUUCCCUGACUAUGUGCGCCCGGCCCAGCGGAUGGACGAUGACCUCACUGAGCUGGGGAACUUGGCCAAACACCCGGCUGCCAACAUCAUCAAGCUUCCAAACAUCUCCGCCUCGGUCCCUCAGCUCUUGGCCGCGAUCAAGGAGUUGCAAGCAAAAGGCUUCAAUGUCCCUGACUUCCCGGCCGAGCCGAAGACCGAGCAGGAGAUUGAAAUCAGGAGUCGCUAUGCCAAGGUCCUGGGAAGCGCUGUGAACCCGGUCUUGCGAGAGGGGAACUCGGACCGGCGUGUCGCAAAGCCGGUGAAGGAGUAUGCCAUGAAGCAUCCGCAUAAGAACCACGAGUGGUCCUCCAGCUCCAAAAGCUCGGUGGCCUCCAUGUCGGAUGGCGAUUUCUUCUCCUCCGAGCAAUCCUGCAUUAUGGAGGAUGUGUCAAGUGUGAGGAUUGAGCUGGUGACUAGCUCUGGCACCACCGUGCUGAAGGCCAAGACGCCGCUCCUGUCAGGAGAGGUCAUUGACGGAAGUGUCAUGAGAGUGGCCGAACUUCGGAACUUCUAUGAGAAGGAAAUGGAGUCAACGGAGCCAGGAACUCUCUUUUCCUUGCACCUCAAAGCUACCAUGAUGAAAGUGUCAGACCCUGUGCUCUUCGGCCACUGUGUUGAGGUCUACUACAAAGAUGCCUUUCAAAAGCAUUCUGCGCUCUUCAAAGAGCUCGGGGUGAACCCCAACAACGGCGUCGGAGACGUCUACACCAAGAUUGCAGGACACCCAAAGCAGGCGGAGGUUGAAGCUGACUUGGCAGCGUGCUAUGAGAAGAGACCACCUUUGGCAUACGUGGACUCACGGCGUGGGAUUACCAACCUUCAUGUGCCUUCCGAUGUCAUUGUGGAUGCCUCCAUGGCAGCUGCGGUACGAGAUGCUGGCCGCAUGUGGACCAAGGAUGACGAGUUGUGUGAUGCAAAGUUUGUCAUUCCCGAUCGCUGCUACUCUGGCAUCUAUGAUGUGAUCAUUGAGGAUUGCAAGGCCAAUGGCAAGUUGGAUGCCAGUAAGAUCGGCACCUUGGCACUUGAUCGUCCAAUACCCAGUAUCCGCUCGGUGGCCACCAUCGUGGUGGUCUAUGGACCGUGUAAACUGGCCAUCACGAAGGCCAAAAAGUUAAGAUACCUGAAUGAGGUGAGCCCCAAAGAAAAGGGACGCUGUUCGAGGAUGCGGGAGAAAGAUGACCAAGCUACAGAUGGAGAUAAGAGAUGCUUUGACUUGACCAUGAUGAUGGUGCUGCAGGACUUUUGCAAGACAACUUUCCUUUCCGGAGUGCCACAUCUCCACAUCUAAAGGCCACAGAUCGCCAAGCGCACAGGGCAAGACGGAUCAGAUGCUUUGCGCUAGAGAUUUCCUCUAAGCUGACACUAAUGACUAAGAGUUUGACACACAAGAGCACAGGCACGAAGAGAGUGCGCAGCCACCUACAGAUCUAAUUACAUAGUAUCCACGCUUUGGGAUGGGAUUAAAAGCGGCAAGGCACCUUUACGUUUGGGACCUUCCGGAUAAGCCGA